AUGGGUUGUUGUAUUAAUACUCCAUAUGUUUAUCCUGAUGGAGGAGUAUACGAUGGAGAACUAAAAAAUGGUCUUCCUGUAUGUUUUCCUUUUAAUUCUAGCAUGGAAAAGGUAAAAUAUAGUGGAAAAAUGGAGAUUAUUUUGAAGGAAAUUUUGAGGCUGGGAAAAAGACUGGAAAAGGAAUAUUUAAAUGGAAUGACUCAUCAUAUUAUGAUGGAGAAUUUUUAAAUGAAAAUUUUCAUGGUUAUGGAGAAUAUUAAUGGUAUGGAGGAAGACUUUACAAAGGAUAAUGGGUUGAAGGUAAAAUGGAAGGAUAAGGAAUAUUAAUUGAUGAUGGGAAACAAUAUCAAGGUAUUAUCCUUAAUUUAUUUUUAAGGUUAAUUCAAAAAUGACAAAAAGGAAGGCUAAGGUGAAAUGACAUGGUCGAAUGGGUAAAAAUACAUUGGAGAAUGGAAGAAUGGAAAACAACAUGGAAAAGGAAAAUUAAUUGAUCCUAAUGGUCAUGUCACAGAAGGUUAAUGGAUUAAAGGCAAAAAAUAAUGA